CUCUCUUCCAUUCUUCAAAUUCAAUUCUCAGUUUUUCAAAUCUUCCGAAUUUUGAAUUCGAAUUGCAACAACUGACACUGAUAGCAUAUGGGUUGGAACGAGGCAACCGGAUCGGGGCAGCAAGCCGGCCCGAGCGCAGGAGAACCGGGUCCCAGCAGCAGCAGCGACCCGGGCGUGGCACGGCAGUUCCCACUUGCGGCUCAGCCGGAGAUCAUGAGAGCAGCCGAAAAGGACGACCAGUACGCCUCCUUCGUCUACGACGCUUGCCGAGACGCCGUCCGCCACCUCUUGGGUACGAGAGUUUCUGUAGCUUACCAGAACGAGACAAAGCUUCUUGGGCAAGUGCUUUAUUACGUUUUGACAACAGGGUCCGGCCAGCAAACUCUCGGGGAAGAGUACUGCGACAUCACUCAGGUUGCCGGACCUUAUGGACUGCCUCCAACGCCAGCAAGGCGUGCGCUUUUCAUUGUCUACCAGACAGCCCUUCCUUACAUUGCUGAACGAAUUAGCUCUAGAGCUGCUAACCGUGGCAUAGCCCUAGCUGAUUCCGAAGAGCUCUAUGGCGUCAGUGCUUCACUAAGCAAUGAUGCUCAAUCUUCUUCCACUAUUCAUAAUUCAACUGGCUCUACAUCUGGUCCAUCUGUUUCAGCUUUGAGAAGAUUAAAAGAGAAGUUCAACGGGUUAUGGAUUUCAUUAGCUCGGAGAUGGCCUACGGUGCUUCCUAUAGCUCGAGAAUUUUUGCAAUUGGUUGUUCGUGCUAACCUCAUGUUCUUUUACUUUGAAGGCCUCUUCUAUCAUAUAUCAAAACGAGCAGCAGGCAUUCGUUAUGUGUUCAUCGGAAAACCAUCUAACCAAAGACCUCGAUACCAAAUUUUAGGCGUAUUUCUAUUGAUUCAGCUUUGUAUCAUAGCUGCUGAAGGACUGAGGCGGAGCAAUUUAUCCUCUAUUGCAAGUUCAGCUCAGCAGACUUUUGGUACACACCAAACUUCUGCAGGUCGAGAUUUGCCUGUGUUAAAUGAGGAAGGUAAUUUGAUAUCUGCGGAUGCUACCAAGGGAAGUUGGGUCUCUGAAUCUUCUACUUCAGAGUCUCAGGCCAGCGGGACCAGCAAAUGCACACUCUGUUUGAGUAAUCGCCAAUACCCAACAGCCACACCUUGCGGUCACGUAUUUUGCUGGAGCUGCAUCAUGGAAUGGUGCAACGAAAAGCCUGAAUGCCCCCUCUGCCGGACUUCCAUAACUCAUUCGAGCCUAGUUUGCUUGUACCAUUCAGACUUCUAGCAUUUGAUCGUGCCAUCGCGGUCAGUGUUCGCCAUUCGGUAAACAGAAACAAGAAACGACUUGCAGUAAAGCAACUUGCCCUCUAAUUCAACGAUGACAAGGAUAUUUAUGCAGUUAGUGUCUGUACUAAUAUGAUAAGCAGGUUAGAAUAGAAUGCACCACCUAUGUGCCUUAGGUGAUUAGAGCAUCUUUAAUAGUGUAGGCAAUUGAGUAGGCGACGCAAUAGUUUUCUUUGAAGAAAUAAAAGAAAUGAAAUCGAGGUAGCACCUCGUUGAUUUGUUUUCCAGGUGACAAAAUGAAACUCGCGUUUUUCUUUUUGAUAUAGACGAUAUGUAAUUUUAAAUCAAUCUAAACUAUGACAAGGUGAAUUCGGCUUUGGGUGCACUAAUGAAGCACAUGUACUCUAGCCAAUGAGACCGCAUUGAUUUGCA